AACAUUGAAUAUCUGGAAUCAAGUAAAUUCGCAUCCAUUGUUUGCCGAGUCGGAUGCUCGCUACCAUGCAAUCGCCCUCGCCAAGAUGCGAAAACUAUUCACGUUGGUUAUGCUAACCACCGUCGCCUCGGCUGUGGCUUGGACCACCAUUACAUUCUUCGGCGAGAGCGUUAAAUUCGCCUUCGACAAGGAGACAAAUUCGACCAUCACCGUUGAAAUUCCACGCUUGCCGAUUAAAUCUUUUUACCCUUGGAAUGCGAUGUCGGGCAUGUUUUACAUAAUCAGUUUCGCUUAUCAAUUCUACUAUCUGCUCUUCUCCAUGGUGCACUCGAACUUGUGUGAUGUGCUCUUCUGUUCGUGGUUGAUUUUCGCAUGCGAGCAACUGCAACAUUUAAAAGGGAUCAUGAAGCCCUUGAUGGAGUUGUCAGCUUCCUUGGACACGUAUCGACCCAAUUCAGCCGCACUUUUUCGUUCUUUAUCGGCCAACUCUAAGUCGGAGCUAAUCAACAAUGAAGAGAAAGAACCCACUGAUCUGGAUAUCAGCGGCGUUUAUAGCUCCAAAGCUGAUUGGGGUGCACAAUUUCGUGCGCCAUCGACAUUACAAACUUUUAAUGGCGUGAAUGGCACAAAUCCGAAUGGUUUAACCAGGAAACAGGAAAUGAUGGUGCGCAGUGCCAUUAAGUAUUGGGUCGAGCGGCAUAAGCACGUUGUACGGUAA